AACGCUGUUCCCGUCUCCUUGUCUUGCGCCCACCGACGGCUGUUCCGAAUGCGACGCCCCCUCCCCGUAUUCUACUGGUCCUCUAUCUGCGAGCAAGAUGGAAACCGUAAACCAGCUGGUUGCCACUGGGCAGUUCCGUAUUCUCAAAGUACCCCUGGGGUUCAUAAAGAUCCUGGAAUGGAUCUUUGCUAUCUUUGCCUUUGCCACGUGCGGCAGCUACUCUGGGAUGUUUAAGAUGAGCGUGGAGUGUAAGAACAGGAGCGACAGCAACCUGAACAUCGAGGUGGAAUUUCAGUACCCCUUCCGGCUGCACCAGGUGUAUUUUGACGCCCCCACCUGUACGGGGGGGCAGGAGCGGCAGUUCCUGGUGGGGGACUACUCCUCCUCGGCAGAGUUCUUCGUCACCAUCGGCGUCUUCUCCUUCCUCUACUCCAUGGCGGCGCUGGCCUUCUACGUCUUCGCUUUCGAGAAAUACCGCGAGAACAACAAGGCGCCCCUGAUCGAUUUCGGGGUGACCUGCUUCUUCACCUUCAUGUGGCUGGUGAGCUCGGCCGCCUGGGCCAAGGGCCUGUCGGACGUGAAGACGGCCACCGACCCCGAGCGCGUGGUCACCCUCAUCCCUGCCUGCGGCAAGGUGGAGAACCAGUGCCGCGAGGUCCACGACCCCGUCAUGUCCGGCCUCAACACCUCCGCGGUGUUUGGUUACCUGAAUCUGAUCCUGUGGGGGGGAAACCUGUGGUUCGUGUUCAAAGAGACGGGCAUCGUCGCUCCCUUCAUGCGCGCCCCCCCUGCCCAGGAGAAGCAGCCUGCCCCCGAGUCCUUCGGCCAGCCGGGGGGGUAUGUCCAGGAGGACCCCUACGCCAGCUCCCAGGGGGGCUACCAGCCAGACUACAGCCAGCAGGGGGGCGGGUACAAUCAGGGUGGGGAAUUCGGACAAGGAGGAUAUGUCCAGCAGGGGGCGCCAACCUCCUUCUCAAACCAGAUGUGAGCCAGACAGCCAGCCCUGGAGGAGAACGGCAGUGGAACUGGGCAGAGCCGUGCCUGAGGCCUUCCCAUAAUUCCACACUUCUCCCCGUACGUCUGUCUGUGUGUCUGUCUGCCAAUAACAAGAGGGAGGGAGGGUAGGGCGGGGCUUAGAUAAAGACUCCAGGGAUAGGGAUAUUCAAUGUGCUGUUUAUUAUUGUGGUGUAUCCAAAAGAAAAAAAGCAAAACAAAAGAUUGAUCACACAAAGAAUAACUUGAACACAGUACCAAAAAGACAAAAAAAAUAGAGAUUUUAAAUGAAUAAAAUUGAUAAUAGUAAUAAUAAACUUGAGAGAAUGUAUUUGUCUGUGCUGUAUAAAUAUCAAUAUAACAAAUCUUAUAAAUAUAUAUAUACUAGUAUUGUUAUGUAGGGCAUUAUUCUACUGUAUUUCAGUUCUGGUUAGGAGCUUAGUGAUUCCAGUAAUGAUUCAGCCAAAAUGCAGUUAUUUUCAGCAGUCAGCUCUUCCUGCAGUUAAAUUAUGUUGUUUUAUUUCAUUUUGCUACUUAACUUUUUGUUUUUUUAUUAUUUAUUGUUAUUCAAGGCAUAUGUUCAUUUUAAAUUAUCGAAAGCUCUUGUACAAUUCUGGUGUUCUGGAUUUUAUUUAGAAUUAGAUUUGACAUUUUUCUAAUGCAGAGGGUAUGGGGUGGUAAGGGUAGAGUUACUAAGGCUACCAAGUACAUAAGACAAUGAACUUAUUUACUUAUUAGAAUGCACUUGUUUAUGCUUAUUUGUUUCUGCCUGUUGUUUGCAUCAUGCUAACAAACCGUGUUUUGUGUCAUAUAAUUAUCUUAUCAAGGUGAGCUGUCUGUGCAGGAAGCUACUGAUGUCUGCCAUGUAAGAUCACAGGCACGUGCGAUGGUGAUAUCCGUAAUUAGCAUGACGAACACUGAUAUUUAUUCUUACUGCGGUGUUCCACGACUGCUGCUGUGCUCCUCUAGUGUUUAUGUGCAAAUUUUUUCUUCAAUGGUGAAAUUCAAAAAAGGAUAAAAACACUUUUAAAGUUUCA